UACAACGCUCACUUCGCGUCCGCGAUCGCCACCAAACGCAUCGCAACAUCACCACCCAGAUAAAAACAACACACUCACACACGUAUCACAUAUUAAACAUAUUAAAUAUUAAAAUCAAGUGUUUAACAUUAAAUUAAAAUUAAAUUAAAAAUAAAAGUGUAAAAUAUUAGAAAAACAUGCAAUUUAAAGUUCUCUACGCGUUCGCGCUGGCGGCGAGCUGUGCGCAUUGUGCAAAGAGUGCGAAAAUAAUCCCAUUGUCCUACUGGCAGGAGCCGGAGGCGGCGGUGACGGUCAGCGAUGCCGCCAGGGAGCGCGAAAGCAACAGUCGAUACUAUGUCGGUGCGUUGGAUAGCUUAUCAUCGGAAUCGCCGGAGUACUAUCGGUAUUCGUCUUCGGUACGACAGCGCGAAACACCGCUGGAGGAUGAUGUUGACCUUGAAGGUCAAUACGCAUCAGCGACACCUACUGAUACCGAAAUGCAGCUGUUCGGACAUCAGCGAGACGCGCGCAAAAUGCGACAAGACGUAACCACGACAAAACCUCGCAAGAAGAACAAAGAAAGUUUAAUGUCAAAAAUCCUACCGAUGUUGGUGAUGCCCUUCUUGGUUUCCUCAACACUCAUCCCAAUGAUGUUGACAUCUUUAAAAUUCAUGCUGUUAAAAUCAUUAUUCGUUGGUAAAAUCGCCAUUGUAUUACUAGCGCUGAACGCACUGUGGAAAUCUGACAACCGUGGUGGUGUAUACAGUCAUAAUGUCAAUUAUGAUUACGGCCAUGAUGGACACGAACAGAAAGAUCUACACAAAGAUCACUAUGGGUACAAUGGUGAUGAAGAGUAUGGUGCGUACGUGAACCGUCGGAGCGCGCGCGUCACGCGUUUCAGAUGAUCGCGCAUGCGCACACGAAUGCAACUCAUACCAAUAAUUAGAUUAGAUACUUAAUAACAACGAACAGAAGUUGAUUUCUGGACGGAUUACUACCUCAAGUCACACUUUAUACACACAAACACAUUUAGGUGGUUUUAAAGUAAGGUUAGGAUUGUACAACGUGUACAAAACCAAUUUUGCGCAUGUUAUAUACACGUACCUUAAAAAUGCUCGUUCUUGGUAUUAUUAUGUAGCUCAUGAAUUAUGUAAUUGUUUAUUUAUUUAUUUAUUUAUUGUAAAGAUGGCGAUGUGUGGCGCAAGUGGAGCGUACAAACAUCUAAUUUUUUUUUUUUCGGUUAUUUAUUUCGGUUGAGAGGUUUUGCGCCGGCGCGCGAUUCGGGGUUUAUUGUGAAUGUGUUUUCUCUUUUUUUUUCGUUUCUGUGUUUUUAAUCAUGUGUGGGAUUUGUUUACUAAGCAUGCGUUACUAAUUAUACGAAUUGGCUCAAUUGCACCUUCCAAUGGGGGAAAAUUAGUUUGUAAUGUAAAUGAUUGUAAGCUAAAUUAAAUAAAAGAAUGUUUUAAUUGUA